AAUCAGAAGUCGUUCUCUGUUGUAAAUAUACAGAGUGUGAAAGAGUGAAGCAACAGAGAGAGAGAGGAGAAAACAGAGAGGAGAAAACAGAGAAAACAUGACGGUGGGGACAAGAGUGAGCGGUGAGUACGAGGUUUAUUACAUCUAUUACAUGUUAGUUUAGUCCUUUUUGAUUCUUUUUAAUCCAGAGUUAUUAAAAUCCGUCUGAAUCACUGAAACAUUGACCAAAAACAAAGGAGUGACACUCAGACAGGAGAUGUUUUCAGACUUUAGUGUGUAACUUUCUUAUUUCUUCAUAUAGAGAAAAAUGUUUUUAUAUUUAUCAUUCAGGAAACCAUUAAUGUGACAGAAUAAUAAUAGUCUGUGUUUUUGUAUUAUAUAGUCUUUUUAAAUGUAUUUCUUCAUUAAAUACAUCUUAAUUUUUUUCCUAUCGGUCACAAACACCAGGUUAUUAAACUUUAUUGAGACAUAUGUGGAUUUUUCUUAGAAUAUAAUCAGAAUUUAAAGUUAUUCACACAGUCAUGUUAAAAUAAAUCACUGUAUUUUACUUUGCUUUUUGAUGUUAUACCCGCAUGUUGCUGAAAAAUAAGUCGUAUCAUGUUUUAGAUCUGAAGUCUUGCACCCACUGUCAUGCUCCUUAAAGAUAGAAUGUUUUUCAUUAUUUUAUUUUAUAUUGUAAUCUUAUUUUAGUUUGAUUUCAUGUGUUUAGGGUCCGUAGAUUCGUCCAAGUUUCUCCAGCAGACGUGUUUUAAAACACUAGAAAAGCAUCGGCUCAAAAAUUUAUUUCACUAAACUAUCUCCAACAGAUUUGACUUCAUCUCAGAUCUCGUUUUAAUUACAGAAACUUUCAUCUUCAGCCUGCUAAUGUCAAACUCUGAGCAAACAUCGCUCUAAACAACAGGUUAGAGACAGAAGUGAGAUCAGAAGGUCUUAAACAUGAUUGUUUUCGGUGCAUUAAGUCCUCUUUUAUUCUCUUAGACUUUCUUUUUCUUCUUCAGCGACACAGAGAGAGGCUCUGUGGAUGUAGGUCAGGUUUUUAUCCCCAAGAAUUUGACUGUAAAAGUGCUCACUUUGGAAGCACAGAUUAUAAUAGGAUUAGAAAUAAUCCCCCAGCUGUAAAUUUUGCACAAGCCUUUACAGCGUUGAGAUGAUUAUUUUACCAUGAAAAUAUCAAGUCUCAGAAAUCUAAACACAUUUUUGGAUAAAAAGACAGAGUGUAAUGAGAGCUCUGUACUCAACACGAUUCAGAAACGGAGAGUUUAAAGUGUGUAACAACUUCUGUUUGUUAUUGUGAAUCCCCCAAAAUUAGAUAAAACGUUAUUCUCUUGAAAACUCAGAACUGUAAAGAGACUAAAAACACCCAGGUUUAUUUGUGAAGCUGGUCUAGAUCAGCUCUCAAAAUAAACAGGACUAUAACCUCUGGUUUUCUGACUCGUCUUUUUGCAACAUCCUGCGAAACGACUGAAUUUACCUGUUGAGCGUGUGAUCAAGAGUUGAUGAUUUGAUGCUCAUGAAAGAUCCAAAACACUCUCACACUCUCUGGAUGUUGAAUUCCUGCUUAUUAAAAAGCUGCAACCCUCAACAGUUCAGAUUUUUAUUACAGGGGGGUAAAAUCAGGGGCAGCUAAUGACAAUGUUGAUCCUCACAGUGUGUUUUUGAUUGUGUUUACAGACACAAGUGGAGCUGCCACCACAAGCAGCAGACAGGUACGAACACAUCACCGUCUAACUGUUCGCUACUACUGGGAUUACAUAAUAUAAGACAGAUGAGAAACACAUGCACAAUCUUUCUGGACGUCUUUGAGAGGAGAGAAAUUGUACUUUUUCUUCUUUGGUGUAAAAACACAUUUGAACCUGCAGGCUUCUUUAAAAACUCGGGUGAAACUCAGCGUUCAUCUCUGAAUCAGUCAACAGUGUCACAGUCAGCUGUUUGUGUCGCGCUGAAAAACAAGUCCCAGAAGUUUGAUUGAUGGGAUGAUGUUUUUGGAGUCUGUUUGCACCACCGUGUGGUUUUUAUUCAUCACUGAUUACAGGUUUAAUCUCGUGUCAGUGACUUGAAACCUCCUGUUACUGCCGGUGUCUAAUUUCUCUGUUUGUUUGAAGCGUCUGUACGACCUGCCAGUCAAACACCUGUUAUAUAAAAGCCGAUGUGACUGAACUUGUCUCGCCCAUCCGCUUUUAAACCUGACUUCUUUGUCCCUGUUCGGCUCUUUGUCCUGUUAGCCAUGCUGUUCCCUGGGAUGGGCUGGUCUAACCUGAUGCGCUGCAUUUUUUUUUUUUGCCUAUUACAAAUUUUAUAAAGCGCUGCAGGAAACAAAGAAGGGAUAUCAUCAAUCAAUUGAUCGUGCAUGAAAAACACUGAAGCAGGUUGAGCAGGGUUUGGCUGAUUCACAGUAGGAAAAGUUUGGUUGUAAUUUCAGGGGGUUGUAACAAUAUUCGUGUCUGAACCUUGAGAGCAGUCUGACAUUUGUGCCACAUUGUUCGCUCCGUUGCCAUGGCGUUGCACAGGGUCAGCGGGGGUAAAAUCUGACAUUUUCAGGAGGUUUGGUGAAUGUGACAUCAAUCCCUGGACUUAAUUCCCGCUGAGUGAACUGAUCCAGUUUUCUCUCAGCGAGGUCAGCUCCGCUUUAGCUCAUCUGAAACACUCUUGACUUUGCUGGCAGACCUUUGUACUCUCUGUGUUUCAGGCUACAUGACUAGAUCUAGUGUUACUAGAUCAGCCGAAAUCUCACCUAUGAAAUCUUCUGAGCGUGAACAUCUACUUUAUGGCAGUUUUUAUAACAGUCAAGUCUAGAUCUUAAACUGACUGUUAUAUCAGCUGUGUUUGCACAGAAAUGUGGAAUUUGGAGGCUUUGUCGUCCAAGAAAAAAACAGCCAUGUUCAGUAAAAAUCACAUUUUUAGUUUUAAAUAGGCAUAGAUAAGAUAUCAAAGCCUAAAUUUACAUGUUAAUUUUUGCUUUACUGUGUUUUAAAUGAGCCAUUUCUGCAAACAACUCUCCUCAUAUUGAUGUUUAUAGUUAAAUAAAUGUGCAAUUACAAAGGUAAACGAACCAGAGAGACAGAGAUAUCAGCGAGUUAAUGUUUAAUUUGCUCUUCCAGACGACUCAUAGUCCUUCUGUGGCUCUGAUCGAUUCAGCUUUUUUAUUACAACACUUCGAAAGAUUAAAUAUAUUUUCAGGAUUUUAACUUUUGAACCAGAUAUCCAAGUUUGUUGAUAAUGUCCCUUUCAGUUUGUUUGGACCUCCGGCUGUCUCUCUCUCUCUGCUCUCACUUGACUUCCUCUUGUUUGUUUGUUACUGAUUUUAAAGUUGAUUUUGAUCGAGAGUGAAACAGCCUCAAGUGUUAUCCUCUCUCUGAUCCUCCAACACUGAUUUAGCUCAGACACACAGGAGGGAUUCAGAUUCAUUCAGAGCUGUAUUUCUGUGAAAUGAAAAGGAGCUCUCAGAAGUGGAUGAACCGAAGUAACCUGUGGAUUUCGAGGAAAGACUCUUGCUGUCUCUUUGUUGGAAGUGCUGAUUUAGUGUAAGAUCAUGAGACUGCACAGCAUCACUAGAGAAACAGAGACCUUUUCUUUCUUUCUAGGAGAGCCCUGGAGGUCUGUGGGACUCUGUGAAGAAAACGGCGGUGGUUAUCGGAUCAGGAAUCUUAUUCUUGGCUGCGUUUGGAAACUCGCUGACAUGGUAGGCUUCCUUUACAAGAUACACAUCAGCCUACAACGAAGCUGAGGAUUGUCCUGGGGUAAACCUGAGAUAAAGCAGAGGGCUGGAGGGUAUCAGAGAUUAUUACUCCAAUAAAUAAAUACAGUACAAACAGAAAAGUGCAGCAGCAGCAGGAGAGGACGGGUGAUCAGGUUCAGAUUACAGUCAGUAACAUCUAGAGCAACAUUACGUCAUGAUUACGAAACCACGAUGAGGGAUAUCAGCAAAGUUAUGGUGAUUAUUUUUACACGUGUUUACGAGUUUAUUUUGGCGCAGUUUUCGUUUUAGUUUGUUGUUUCGGUCAGUGAGAAAGUGAGCAGAGAUAAACAGAUGCUAUUACGUCCACAGGGGGCGCCAGAACUGACACAAGUCCCUUUAACGUAAUAAAUACUUAGACAAGUAUGCGAUCAUUUAACAGCACAGGCUAAAUGACACGAAAUAGCAGCCGAGUGUGUGACAUGACGCAGAACAGGUGUGGCGUGACGUGUUGAGGUAUGUAGUCAGGGUGUCGUCAGGUUUUCAACGGGUGGGUUUGUUGUGUUUCACCUCUUUGUGCCUUUUGUCUGCCGUGGAUUUCAGAGUUAUGACGCAGACCUUGACGGAAAGUUAUUUUAGUGUUUUUAGGUUGUCAGUUUGAUGUUAUUUUUAGUCAUUCGUUUUCUGAAUGACUAAAACUUUCCCAGACUUCAGUAUCUGACGUCCUACAUGUGUUUCUUCAUGUUUGAACUUUGUAAUCAAACUGUCCGACUUAUUUUUGGUUUUCACAUGCUGAUAUUUCCCCCUUCAGGCAUCUCCAGAGAUUUUGGGGCGCUUCAGGAGAUUUCUGGCAGAACCUGUGGACGAAGCUGUACGUGAUGUUCGAGGGUCACCAUGCUGCCUUGUUCUUCUUGGGUAAGAAAUCGCGACAUGUAGGUUUCACAUCUAGUCUAGAAAAUUUCUGAGAUAAGUGGCUUUAUGGAUCUGUUUACUACAGCUCUAUAACUUUUACUUUGUCUGGUUUAAAAAGAUCAAAGCUGGCACAAUAUAUUGAAAGCAGCUUAAAAUUAGACUUCAUGUCCUCUGAGAUAGAAACUGGGAUUUGUCUCCAAGUCGCAGUAACUGGCAAUUUCCACCGCAGCCUGAACAGCUACAAAAAGGCCAUAUCCAUUGAUCGUAGCUGAUCGUGACCAUUCAAGUUAGUCUAUCAAUUUUCACCAGCUUCUUUCCAUUACGCUGUGGAUCGCCGGACUCCGCAGCUAAUCGCAAGAGUUCUAUUUUUUUCAGAUGCCGGAGCAUGCCAGAUAAAUUCAACUCAAGAUUGCGUGAUUGCACGUGAAUCCGAGGGUUCUUGUGAGUUCUUGCGAUUCCUGCUAUCUGUAAUCCGCCAGGUAAUUUUGCCUCACAAACAGAUCCGGUAGGAAUUGGCGUACGUGGUGAAAAUUGACCUAGCAAAACAAACAGGACCAUCAGCAACGAGACGGACUUUUCUUAUGUGGUACUAUCACCUGUGUGGAAGUAGACGUCAGAAACAGUGUGACGGACUUCGAUACUCAUGUGUUAAACAAAAGCAGCAAGAGAUACGAUGUACCGCUUUGUCCACAGGGGGCGCCAAAGUCAACGCAGCUAAAAAGUUCCUCACAAAAGAGAUGUUGAAGAAGAUAUAUUUUCAAAAAGAUAAAAUUAGUAAAACAUAUUGACUCAAUGUUUAAUCUCGGGUUAUUUUGAAGUAGCUGGAUGAUUAUUUUUGAUAGUGGCCGGCCCUGUAGUCGCCGUGUCUCUCUGCACUCAUGUCGUGUUUGGAUGAUCUGAAAAAUUAGUUCCAGUUUAGGAAAGUUGACGGGAGAUAAUGUUCUACUGAUCUUAAAAACUUUAAAUACAAGCUGAUGUUUAAUCUUUUGUGUAAAGAGUAAAUGUGUUGACAGGGAUUCAUGAAUGUCAGAUCAAUAUUUGCUCUCUCAAUUAUCGGUGUUAGCUGUGACUCCAUGAGUUUCGAGCAUGAAGACUUAGCACCAUGUUAAAGCCGGUGAAGACAGCAGAGUUGGAGAAACAGCUCCCUGCUCAGAGUACAUGUUUGACAGCUGUCUUAUUUUCCCUCCACAGGGACGAUGUUGCUCCCCACGCUGACGCAUUGGGCGGUGAAUGCUCUGCUGCUGCUGGUGGACACCACCGGUAAACCUUCCUUCAUCACUCGAUACCGUAUCCAGAUGGACAAAAACAACCCGGUAUGUGCUUUCAGAAAUCUCUCUCAGAUUCAUUCUUGAAGGUUUGAGCUUUUUACAUGUUUCAUUUUAUCAACAAGUUUGUAAAAGCAAUCUCACCCAUGUUCAAACCAGCUCCAGUCUGAGUGUCUGUACCGCCGUUAUUACACCCUGACCUCUGCCCCUUGAAACAACACUGUUACUUCAUUCAUCACUUUAUGGCCCCUCAUUACAGCCGCAGUUAUGUCGUCAGAAUAAAGUUGUUUUUAUGGCCUUUGAUUCAGGUACAAAUAUCAGAUCUGGAUUCUUCCAUCUCUGAAACAAAGCCUCAGUUCAUGAAAAAGAAGAUUUAUUAUUCAAAUUUAACCGUACAUGAUCUAAAACUGCACCUGCGUCAGAGGAAUAUACUGGAGUUAAACAUAUUCACAAAAGUUCACAAAACUACAUCGCAGAUCUCGAUGUUCAAAACAAACUCCAAUAAUGUCAUCCAUAGAUUUGUCCUCAAUGUCAAUUAAAAAGGGAUCAAACUGUCACUUGUUUAAUGGAAUAAUAUCUAGAAUAAUAAAACAGUCAGCCUCUGAGCUCUUUGUUAAGAGUCCAUCAGGUCCUCAGUGUCUCCUCGCCUCAGCUCUGCGUUCACCUGUUGACUCUGAGGAGCCUCCUUUCAAAAGUCUCGUUCCUCCGACACAUGAAAAUCCUUCCCAGUUGGUAAACCACCUUCAAGUCUGCCAUGAUUCGAUUCGUGUGUGACUUUUAGAAACGCAGAUUAGACUUCACCGAAGCAAACGUGACUUUCACCGCUCCAGGACCCGCUCCUCGUCGUCUCUGCAUCGUCAUGGGUGUCACAGUUUGUUCACAGACAUCCUAAAAAAACUUAACUUUUCGCCCUCGUCAUGAGACAGACCCAAAACAUCAGGAUCAAAUUAGUUUGGAGAGCUCGUGAUUUCAGAUUUCUAGAUCUUUUAUUUCUUUUCAUUUUCAUUUGGAUCACUUUACGCUCCUUCAGUCUCACGUUGGUCUCUUUGUAUUCUGUCCUGACCAUGAUUACACCUUUCUAUUUAUUUCUCUGUGACUGAGAGUUUUGUUUCUUUUUAUUUUAUUUCUCACUUGAUUAAAUUGACGCCUAUAAACCAAAUUAAUACAAACAGAUUACUGGAAACUUUGUCAGAGACACGUACGUCUCUGUUACACUUGGUACCUUCAUCAUAAAAGAUGGAGUACAUGUAGUAGAUAAAAAUGGGAUUAUAUAAUGUCAUAUUAAAAAUAAUUACAGACAAGGUUUUAGAUUUAUUUUUGCUUAUUCAAUAAAUUAAAUAAACGGCAGAUAAUUUAUCAGAUUUUUUUAAAUGUUAUUUUUUUGGACAUUUAUUCUCAUCUUGACUAUUUAUGUCAAAUAAACAAAUAAACCAAUAGUCAUAAUUAUUCAGAUUAACCUUGAAUAACACAUGGAGUAUAUAACUGAUGUGUUUUGAACCCGAGUUCACGCUCAGACCUGCUGAUGUGAAGUGUCCACCUGUCCGCCUGUCCAAAGUCCCCUCGCCGUCUCAGAUAAACCCGUGUUGGUGGACACUGCGGAGAUAAACAGUGACAUUACUGAUAACCAGGGCUGGAAGGUUACAGUACAUAUGCAAUCAUGUUAUUGAUUAUCUGAAAGAUUUCCACAGAGGAGCGGUACACAGAGAGCUCAUGGUCAUAAAUGGACCCGCAGUAUCUGCGGUCAGUUUUAGAUUCGUAGAUAUCAAUAAUCCAGAUAAUCUGACGUUGGAGUACAGGGAGGUGUGUUUGUUGUCUUUACUCGAACAUGACUGUUUCAGUGCUGCCAACAGCUUAUGUCAGUCACAAUAAAACUGUCAUUAUCACCGCUGAAGAUCUAAUCUGCUGUUUGUCCUGUUGGUCAUCGCUCUGGAAUAAGAUAUCAAGGUUGAGGGACAGAGGACACCCGCCUGGACUUUUAUCAUCAACAAAGUUCAGAGGGGUGACGCCGCUGCAGAGCAAUACAACCGUUUUAGAAAUACAGUCUGUGGAGUUCACUGAAGUCACGUCUAAUAAUGUGAAAAUACAUCUGUGGAAGUACAGGAGUACAAUUUAAAGGUUUCGCUUUUAUACUUGGUGUUUAUUUUCCUUUUGCUCUUUAUAUCCAUCAGAUGUAUUUUUAAACCAGAUUAGAGUGCCGAGUGAAAAAAACAAAACAAAUAAUAAAUUUGUACAUCAGUUUUGUUCAUGUGUGGACGGACUGAACCAAAAUAAAACCAUAAACUGACCACACAAAUCUGAAAACUGUCAGUUUUCUUCACGAAGAGAGGACUUUUUCUGGAUCCUCUCAUACACAUGAGGGAAUCAAACUUGAUCCGUCUGCAGAGAUUAAAAUACCCCACAGAAUAUAAUCUGAAACAAACAGGAGUAAAACAUCAGAUUUUGUGGUAGAAAAAUAUCAUACAUGUUACUGAUUUUACUGUCAUCGUACUAAAGUCCACUUGUGUGUAUUAUGGACACAGACAUGUACACACCGUGUCCAUGUGCGAAUAAGUCGAGUCUAAAGAUCAGCAGCAAUAGUCGAGCUGAUCAUUAUUGACACUCUUUUAUAUGAUCACUUUUAGCUUUCCGGUAUUUGGUGAUAUCAGUCCAAGUUUCAGAGAAAGUGUAAAUAAAGUUUGGAGUAAAGAGCGUUUCUAUGGGAACCUUAAAGAUACGGGAGGAUAUGAAAAACACUGAUAUAUAGAGAAAUCUAAAAGAGGGAACAUGAUAAACAACAGGUCAUAAAAAUGUAAGAUAAUAAAAUUUUAAUUAGAUUUACUCUGGACAUGUCGAUGCUUCAGGCUGGACUGUGUUUUGGGAGCAGAAAGGUUCAUUAUAAAAGCUAAAAGGAAAUAAUGAAAAGGUUUCUGAGAGCCUGUCCAGUUUUGACCCUCUGUCUCCUCCGUCAUCCUGCAGGUGGAUCCAGUGAAGCUUCGCCACGCCAUAAAGACGGUCACGUUUAACCAGGUGUUCGUCUCAGGGCCCAUGGUGGUCGUUGUUUACUACCUGAUGACCCUGAGAGGAGACCCCUGCGGUCCUGAGCUGCCCACCUUCCACUGGGCCCUGAUGGAGCUGGCUUUCUUCUCCAUCGUGGAAGAAGUUUUGUUUUACUAUUCGCACAGGUAGAUCUGACACCUCUGCUUUUCAAAAAGACCUCACAGUGAGCGCCUCUACACUCAUCAGAGCGGCGUUUGCCUUUUAACACCUAAAUUUACUCACUACUGACAUCUUGUGGAUAAAGAAGGAAAACCACUGACUGUUGCUCAAGUAUAAAGAAUUCAUAGAAAUCUGGAAAAACUGAUUUAUGAAAUAUUCUUUCAGCCUGUAAACGUGACAAAUAUCUGCAUAUUUCAUAGUUAGUCUAAACAUUUAAGUAUAAAAGUUUGUUUGUGAUGCGACAAAGAUAAAAUGUUAAAACCAUGAAGUCUACACAUACCUGCUCGCACAGCUCUAGAGUGUUGUGACUGAUUUAUGUCUGUUUUAUUUUCAGGUUAUUCCAUCAUCCCAGCCUCUACAAGCAUUACCACAAACAGCACCACGAGUGGACCGCCCCCAUCGGAGUCGUCGCCACCUACGCUCAUCCUCUGGAGCACAUGGUCAGUGAGCCCGACACCAACAAAAUCUCUAUCUUCAGUUCUUGUCUCUAACUUGAGUUUAUCUUUAGAAAGUGUGACACGUUUAAAGGGUAAUUCCGGCAUUUCUAAACCUGUCAGGUUUCUGUUUUUGCUCUGACACGCUCAGAGGUUUUCUGACUGAUUAUUGUAGCAGGUGAGAAAUCAAGUAACUUUGAAAUGAAGCGUUUUGUGCUCCAAUAAAACUUGUUUGUUUUUCCUCUUUGCUGUCAGCUCUCCAACAUGCUGCCCGUGGUGCUGGGUCCGGUGAUCCUGGGCUCUCACCUCACCUCCACCUCCAUGUGGUACUGCCUGGCUCUGUUCAGCACCACCAUCUCCCACUGUGGAUACCACCUGCCCUUCCUGCCCUCCCCGGAGUUCCACGACUUCCACCACCUCAGGUGAGCGCACCUUUGGUCAUCACAAUCGACUUUAAACUUGUCUCUUACUUCUUAAGUUGCAGAUCUGAAAGACUUUUUCCAGUAAAUCUCAGUUAAUCUGAUCUUAUCUGAAAGUUUCUCUUGUUUUGAGGAUCAUACAAAAGUUCAAAUUCACAAUAUUUUUUUUUUCUACAUUUUCAUUUUUACUGCAGAUUAGGGCCCGACCGAUAUAGAUUUUUUUGGUGCCGAUGCCGAUACAGAUUAUUAGGGGGGAAAAAAAUCUGAUUACCGAUUAAUCUGCCAAUUUUUUAGUUUUAAAAAUUUUGUUAAUAUGAGUAAUAUAUCUUCAACACUUUAAAGAAUUAAAGGCAUAAAACUCAUUUUAAAUCCUUUUUAUUGCUAAAAUAACUGAAAAAGAAUGAAGUAUUUUGUGUUUUGUGUGUGGCAUCCUUGGUGGAGUGGUCCCACACCUCGCUACGCUCGCUUUCUUUCUGUAAAAACAACAAAAAAAAAGAAAAAAAGUGAGAGAACAGCAAGUAUGCAUUAAAUAUGCAUUGUUGAAAAGAGUCCGUCUAGUUACAUAUGGGCCAUUUUCAAACCUGUAGCCUACAUUAAGCAUUUUUCUUUGUUGUGUUUACAUAAUAUGACUUACACUACAGCCCUGGCUAUUUAUUUUAACUGUAAUAAAGAUGAUAAACUAAUUCUUUUUAGCUUAUCAUCAGACUGUAGCGGGUGUGCGCCUGAUUAUUUUGUCAACCUCUUUCUUUACCGAUUAGCCUCAAACUGCAGAUGUAAGAAUAAGCUGAAUAAGCUGAAUUUAAUGUACAAUUAUUCCUGUUCUUAUGAUGAUAAUUGAGUCCCACGUUGUCCUCACACCUCUGUCUCGGUUCCAGGUUUAACCAGUGUUUCGGGGUCUUUGGCAUACUGGAUCGUCUCCACGGCACAGACUCCAAAUUCAGGCAGACUAAGCAGUACGAGCGCCACACGUUGCUCACCAGCCUCACCCCUCUGAACGAGAGCAUCCCUGACACGCCCAAGAAGGGCCAGUAAUAACCUCUGACCUCAGGCUCACGCCUCACGAAGUUGGGAGCCGCCCCCCAGUGAUCUUAAAUGACUUUCAUUCUCAGACUGUGGACGUCGGAACAGAUUCUCCAGGUUUAAUCUUUGAAAUACAAAUAUUGUUGCACUUUAUCAAACAUUCACAAUUCAUGCAGUCUUUUCUCCGAGUACGGCCUCUGUGAUUAUUUUAUAAUAACUGUGUUUUCAUCUCCUUGUUCUCACUCUGACUGUAGUUCAGGGCUGUUUUCUGUAGCUGUCCUCCGAAAGAAGUGAUUCAAAGUGAUGCAUGUCUUCGAUAGAAGUAUUACUGAACUUAAUAUGUUAGAACCUCUGGGCUAAUUUGGUCUUAAGUUUGUCUGAGCGUGACUGUUAACUUCGUUUUAUCAUCACUAUCUGUGUCUUUUUUGGUGAAUUUUUUUUGUCAUUUCAGAAUUUUGACUGACAGGAUUUUUCAAAACAAAAGUCAAAAGACAGAGCCACUAAAAGCUAACAUAUUUUUACGUCAUUCUGGCCCGUUUUAAGUUCAUUGUCAUAAAGCAGAUGUUGAUCAUCUCAAAGUCUCCACAAACUUGUGCGUAGAAACGACCACCACUUCAAGUUUUAUCAUGUUUUCAAAUAAACUGUAGUUUUAAUACAUGUGGUGUCCGUUAUAAACACAUAAACACGAGUCUUUUAAUUCUUCAUGAAUUUAUAUUUUCAAGUCGGCUAAUCUUUUGUUGUUAUCGAGCACUUCAAGCUCAUCAGUCCAGAUUCUUCUGCUGCGUUCACUUGCUGCUGGGAUAAAAGAGACAUUUGCACUUCUGAUUGAAUGUAGAGUAUGUUAGUAUGUAUAACAGACAGCUUAGACAUGGAUGUAUAACAAGACAUGAAUGUUCAACAAGACUCCUCCUACUGUGAUUAAAGCUAUGUUUGGACUGGACUGUUUAAUAAUAAAAGAUUUCAGGAAAAA